CUUGACAAGAAAAUAGAAGUAGGUUGGUUCAUCAAGCAUUUUUCUAGCUUUACGCCAAUUUGAAGUAGCACACGAACCCAGAAUGCACGCCACUAAUAAAGCCCAACAUGCAAUAUCCAUGACCAUCACACACAAAUUAAAUAACUCGAUCCUGCUUAUGCAAAUUUGCUAAUCAACCUCUCUUUCAAAAAAAAAUUAUCAAAAAAAAAAAACAAUGUCAGUCAUUUCAGAAAACUCAAUAAUCCCCACCUUCACUUACCCUCCACUCAUAAUAGCAGCAGCCACCAUCACCUUCCUCGUACUAAUCUACCUCCUCUCCACCAAACCCCGCCCCGUUUACCUAAUCGACUUCAUCUGCUACCGCCCACCUUCCCACCUCCGUGUCUCCAUGGCUAACUUCGCCGAACACCUCGAAAUCUACAGCAUCCAACCGAGAGACACAAUUGACUUCCAGGUCAAAAUGGCAGAAAAAUCGGGAAUCGGAAACGAGUCCGCAUUCCCACUCUCCCUGCACCGCAUCCCGCUCGAUAACUCCCUCCCCUUCUCCCGCCAAGAAACCGAAACCGUACUCUUCACCGCCGUUGACCAAAUCCUCGACAAACACAAAGUCAACCCCAAAAGCAUCGACAUACUCAUAACAAACUGCAGCAUCUUCUGCCCCACACCCUCGAUUUCAUCCACUGUUAUAAACAAAUUCGGUUUUCGAAGCAACGUGAAAAGCUUCAGCCUUUCUGGAAUGGGGUGUGGGGCUGGCCUUGUAGCCGUUGGAUUGGCUAAAGAUUUGUUAAAAGUGUCGAAAAACUCGCUCGCUCUUGUUUUGAGCAUGGAGGCCGUGACCCCCAGUGGGUAUAAUGGUAAUAUCAAGUCGAUGCUCUUGGCCAACGCUCUGUUUCGAAUGGGGGGUGUUGCGGUUUUGUUAUCCAACAAGAAGCAAGAUCAAUCGAGGGCUAAGUACAAACUCAAAUAUCUUUUCAGAACACAUAUGGGUUCGGAUGAUAGGGCCUACCAGUCCGUUUAUCAGCAGAGUGAUGAUACUGGAGAAGUGGGAGUUUCUCUAUCGAGGUCACUUCUGCAUGUGGCGGCGAAUGCCCUGAAAUUGAAUAUAACAGAAUUAGGGCCGAGGGUUUUGCCGAUUUCUGAGAUGUUUUUAUAUUUAAAGUCGGUUGUUCAGUGCAAGUUCUUGAAUAGGGAGAGAGGGGGAGAGAUUUACGUACCGGAUUUCAAGAAGGCGUUUGAGCAUUUCUGCAUACAUGCUGGCGGCAGGGCGGUGAUUGAUGCAGUGGAGGGGCGACUGAAGCUGAGCAGGGAGGAUGGAGAAGCUUCUAGAAUGACUCUGCAUAGAUUUGGGAACACUUCGUCUUCUUCUGUUUGGUAUGAGCUGGCGUAUCUCGAGGCGAAGGGGAGGGUGAAAAACGGGGAUAGGGUUUGGCAGAUUGGAUUUGGGAGUGGAUUUAAAUGUAACAGUGCCGUUUGGGAGUGUGUUUCGGAAAUUGAUUCAGAUGUGAGAAAUGCUUGGUCAGAUUGUAUAGACAGUUACCCUGUCGAGAUACCUGAUGUUGCUGAUCACUGAAUGUGGACCGUUGGAUCUCCCCU